AUGCCAUAUACUGGGCGACAAGGCUCUUUCGACGGAGAUCCCUACCUGAGACAUCAACAUUCAGCUUCCUCGGAUCGAGGACUCAUCCCAAUGUGGGACGGUGCAGAGUCUGAGCGCGCGCUGCCACAGCCGCCUGUCAACCAUCAGUCGCCCAAGCAUUCCGCGCGCACAAACACAUCGCCGUAUCCAGUGUCGAGCGCCAUCCAGUCUGCUCAUGCUGCGCUGACUGAGCGGGUUCGCGAGAACCACGGCACUCACAUACCUCCUCCCGUGUCCAAGCGCGUCAACGACACAUCGCCAGAUAGAUCUAUCGCAAAGGGCGCCGGGCCUCACCGCAGGCUGCAGUCGAUGGCCUCUGGCUCUGUGCGGGACAUCAGUAUGAUGCUGGAGAAUAACUCGGGUACCCCUAGCAACAACACGUCUCCCACAAAGUCUUUUGAAAGAUCGGAGAGGGGCGUCAGGCCUUCGACGCCGCCAGGACUCCGAGAAGUCAGCUCCUUUGAAGUACCUCGCACCAGCAUCUACGAUAAAGAGAUGAACCUCUCGACACAAUCACUAUCAAGCAGCAUAACGCCCAUUGUGCGACCUACCGUCCGUCGACCGGCACCGCAAAGCAUUCUGUCGGAAAACACUCCGCCCCAAUCGUCAACCAUGCUGGCCUUGCAGAGCAUGCCUAGCGGAUCACCCACCAAGGAAGCAGAGCCGCCGCUCUCCAACAUCACCAACGGUGCCAAGGGAGCAACCAUGGACUCUCUGGCAUCGCAGAUCCUUAGUCUCACUAGCAUCGCGAGCUCCCUCCAAAAGGAAAUGGCAGCUCUCAGCCGACGCAGCAGAGACAAUGCCACGGAUCUGCUCAGCCUCAAGGAGGCUACAAACACUCGAGACGAGGAUAUCAGAAAGAGUCUCAGGGAUUUGCUAGGCAAUAUCAAUGAGACUUCAGCCAAGAUUUCCUCCAGGGACUCGUACAAUGGCGGCUAUUUCCUUGACAACAAGCCUCACCCGCAGUCGCCCAACAGUGGGCGAACAUACCAAAUGCCCCGGAUUCCCUCGCCCAAGAGCUUUGCCGAAUCUAUCGAUCGCGCGUCCAUGAGCACUCCAUCCUUGGUGGGCGGUGACAAUUCAGGCGCAAUUUCUAUUCUCCUGCUGGAGAAGAUUCUCCGCGGCCUUGGUACCAAGGAUGGACAGGAGUCACUCCUCAGCCAUCUCCUUGAGCUUUCGGAAAAGCUUACCGGCAUGGCAACUGCUGCCAAGGUAGAAGAACUAGUUGACUUUGUUCGUCUCCAGACUGAGAGUGCCAUGGUGCCCAUGAGCGUCCCCGGUCAUGCUAGAAGAUUCAGCCUGGAUCACGAGGGCAGCAUUCACCAUGGCCCAAGCAGUGCCAUUGCUCCACGAUCGCUCAACAACUUGGACAGUCGCCGGGCACCCGGUUCCCAGGGCAUUCUAAACGACGAUGUCAUCAACAUCAUUCGCUCAGUCAAGGAUAGCGUUGCGGCAGGCGGCGGCCUCACUGCAGAGGUCAAAGCACUUGUGCGAGAACUCCGAGGCGAAGUCCUGGGUAUGGGCCGUGAACUCGGCAAGAGACUGGAGAAUGUCGGUAGAAACCAAGGAGACAACACCGAGCCAUCGCCCUCGGCUAGUAAGGAUGAGGUUUCGCGGGUCAUUGACGAGGGACUGGAGCAGAUGAAGGAGCAGCUCACCCAUGUUCUCAAGGAACACCGCCGCCAGUCUCAGGCAUCCGCAGCUCUGCAGAAGAUCUCAGUCGACUACCAAGAGAUAUAUACUGCUCUGAGGAGAGCGCUCAAGGACAAUGAUGCCACCAAGGAAAUGCCAGACCUGAACAGAGACGACGUCAUCGAGGCUGUGCGUGAAGCUUGGGAGACUUACAAGCCAGAGAUUGAAGUACAGCAGAUUGGCCUAGAGAGGGACGAGAUCCUCGAGUGCUUGAAGCAGGGUCUCCAGGAAUACGAAAGUCGCAGCCAAAUGCCUCCGGCAGCCACGAGAGAUGAAAUCUUGACGGCUGUCGUCGAGGGCCUGAAGCACUACGUACCUCCCCAGAUGGAUACUCAAGCGUCCAUGUCCAGAGAUGAGAUUAUCGAAGCCGUCCGCGAGUGCCUAGAGGAAUUCGAAUUCCCAGUGGCCCCGUCUGCGAUUAGCAACGAAUUAACACGCGAGGACAUGCUCCGUGCCGUCAAAGAGGGCCUCAGCGACUUGGAUCUGGGAAAGAGCAGCGCUCUUGUGCCGACUCGCAACAAUGAUGAAAUUAGCAACAAGUUGCACGAGCUGAUGGACUUUAUGAAACUCGAGUUUAGAUCCAUUUCUGACAAUAACGGCCGCGAGACUGAUCAGCUCAUGGACGCCACCAAGGAUGGCCUUGAGAAUCUCCGAGUGGCUAUUGAAAGCUAUGUUGACCGUGCUACUGGAGUCGCCGGCCAAGAAGACUUUAUGGACGGCCUCCUCAAGAGCAUGGAGGAAUUCAAGGAGGAGAUGUCAUCGCUUGUGUCCAAGGCUAACGCAACUUCUCGAGACCAGCUUCAGACGGAGCUGGAGGGACUUCGAGACGUUGUUCACUCGUCCAUGGUUCCUGCUGCUCCCCUGAUGCCACAACCCCAUAAUGAGGAGCUCCUUGACGCUCUACGGAAUGGACUGAGCAACCUUCGACAAGAGAUCCUCCGACCGCGGCCAGAGACUAGUGAAAUUCUCGACGCUCUUAACGAUGGCCUGAAUGACAUUCGAGCUGGCAUUGACAGAAUCACCAACAAACCGGUUGAUCUCACUGCAAACGAUGAGAUUCUUGAUGCCCUCAAGGAAGGCUUGGACGGCGUACGAUCCGACAUUGGCACCAUUCGGGACUCGAGCAACGAUAGGGCGGUUGCCAUCCGUACCGUCGGCGGUGGCGAGAACGAGAACGAGAUGGCGAUUAUCCCUGCUGAUAUGGCCAAGCAGAAUGAUAUCAAGAAUCUCGAGAUCCUCAUCACUCAGUUGCGCGCCAAGAUCGAAGAGAUUAAGCCGAAUGCCGCUACCCCCGCCGCAGCUCCCAAGGUGGACCUUUCCCACCUGGAAAACAUGCUUCACGAUGUUCAGCGGGGUGUUAAUGAACUGAAGUCUCGUGCACCAGUAGUCGUCCAAGCAGCGAAGCCACGCGAAGGAUCGGAGCAGGACAAGGACGACGCCGAGAAGCCAAAGGAGGGGGAGGAAUACGUAAUGAGAAGCAUCCCCUCCAUCUUUACCAAGGCUGGCGGCAACCCGACCAAAGAGGAUGUUGCUGCCAUUGAGAAUAUUCUGCGCAACACCAAGUCUCGUGUGGAUCAUCUGAUUGAUGGAGACCAGGCGGUGCGACGGGAGCACAUCGACACUUUGGAGUCGCUCAUCUUGGAGUCUCGAGAGGCCAUCCGAUCGGUCAACAGGCAGUUGGAAGACAUCCCCAACCUGUUCCACAAGGAUGACUUUACCAAGCUGACGAAAAUCAUCUCGGAACUCGGUGAGGGCCUGCAAGAAGUCCAGGAGCACGCCGAACGAGAGGCUAAGAGCCCAGAAAAGGUCAAGAAAUCGGAUGUGCACGCCGUCGAGACGGUCGUACGCGAGAUCAAGACUCUGGUGGACGGAAUUGCCGUUGUGGAUUUCGCCACGAUUACGACCCGGGAGGAUCUUGGCAAGCUGGCAGCCGUCAUGAAGGAGACCAAGGAAACCGUUGAACACUACCACGAGGCGUCGUCAAAGGCACUUGUUGACCGCCAGUCCGACAUCAGGACGUUCCUCGAGGAUUUCCAGACGGAGAUGCGGAACAAGCUCGUGGAUGGCUCUACGGGCAUUGAGGGCAUCGGCAAGGCGCUGAAGACUAUGGGCGAAAAGGUUGAGAAGAACGAGAACGUCGCCGGAGAUGUAAAGGACAUGUAUGAAGCCAUGAAGAGCGAGUUUGAGAUUUCCAAGGAGGCCAUUGCCGGAUCUAGGAUCGAGUCAAACGAGAAGCUCGACGAAGUUACGGAAAACAUUCGUACCAAGAUUGACGACAAGAUCAGCGAGGUGCUGGCCAAGAACGAGGCGCUCCGGAUCAUGAUGGAUGAAAAGUCGCAGGCCGCCGAGGCUCGCGAAAUCGUGACCGAAUCUGCCGUGGCAGGUACCAAGGCCGUCGCUGAUGAGCUCAAGCUUCUGAUUGAUACUCUGGGGUCGACUGUCACUGAUUCCUUGGAGAAGAUGGAGGAAGCUUCCAAGAUUGUCUUCACCAAAGUUGAGGAAGUGGCCGCGCGCUCCGAAGAGACUCACAACGAAGGCAAGGCCGAUCACCAGCAGACGCGCGAUCAAGUCCAGGCAGCCGUUGGCAAAGUCGAGAGCAGCGUGGGUGAGUACCAGCCCCAGAUUCUAGAGGCAGUCAAGAGCAUCCUUGGUCUCGUCGGGGAUCACUUUGAGCACUCCAAGAGCAUCGAGGACAAGGUUGUUGGGGCCAUUCCCACGGAGCAGGCUUUUAGGGCCAUGAUGCCCGAGAAGUACGACGAUGCUGUAGUGCACGAGAAGCUGGACAAGAUUGUGCAGCAUAAUGACGCUGCCGCCCAGGCCUUGGUCCAGCUCCAGACGCUCGACAAGGUGCACCGGUCCGUCUCCGACAGCGCCGCCGAACUAUCCGAGUUCCUUUCCAAGCAAUCAAGGCACAUGGUGGAAGAGCGCGACAACCGCGCCAAGAUCUUGGAAGAGACCAACAUUGCCCUUGAACGAGCUAACACCGAGAGGGAACAUGCUGAGGCUUCCGUCAAGACGCUCAAGGAGGAAGAGGAGUGGCUGCGACGGAGCCUGUUGUCUCUGCGGACCGAGCAAGAGGGCUUGUUGAAGCAGAAAACUCGCCUUACUGGCGAUGUCUCUGCCCUUGAGACUGCAUUACGCCUACGCAAGGAGGAGCUUCACGAGAUGGAAAUUCGGGCCGAAGGCUUGGAACGACGAAUCUUUAAUGGAGUCAUGGAUCACUCUCGUGUACUUCUCUUUGGCAAAAAGGCCAAGGACGGCGCGGAUUCUAUGAAUCGCAAGCGGGUUAAGAAGCCAGCCGGCGAGGAUGGUACACGAGCCAUCCCGACGCAUCUCUCCGCAACAAGAACCCCCAUGGCGCCUGGUCAAACGGGAACUCCGCGACGUAUUGCGUCGCUCAGUCAGAUGACGAAGAACGUGGCAUCGAGCACCAUUACAAGAAGCCAUAGUGUGAAGACACCAGGUGUGAAUGUCAACGGCCACCGGAAGCGCAGCUGGGGAGGCACGCAGCAGAAGAGUGGACUGAGCGAGGAGAAUAAGGAGAAUGUGAGCGUUGACGAGACGGUGGAAGAGCUCGACGAGGGCGACAUGGUCAACGUGACGCACGAGUCUGCGGUGCAUGACGCUGCUGGCGAUAGCUCAGAGUACGAAGAGGAAAUUGAUGAGGAUGACGAGGAUGACAAUGCUCGUGAGAGGCACGACGAGAGCGAAGGCACGACGAGACGACGGAUCAGCAAGGGCAGCUCUGCGUAUGAGGAUGAAGACUCUGGAAGUGAAUACGAGGAGAGCAUCGAUGGCGACGAGGAGCCUCACGCUGCCGUUGUUGUUCGGUAG